AAACGAUGUUUAUAAAUCUCCAUUUUUCUGCGUAUCAAGAUAUUGAGAAAAAAUGAACAAUCUUCGUUGAUUCAUCGCGCAAAUUUUCCUUUGGUAAGAUCCAGCUAAACGCGGCCACGAUUCCGAUGGCCGCGUAAACCGAUGUAUCGUCAAUGAUAUUCGCUAUUGCUUCGCAGUCUUCGUUUAUCUUCUCUACAAGUUGCUUAUGUAGGCGCGCGUACGUCAUAUUUAUGUGUGUGUGUGUGUGUGUACGCACGCGACACACUCUUGGAUGCACGAGUAAUCGGGUAUUCCCCGGCGUGGUGUUCCUACUCCGUUGUCGCAAAACGGUAUCAUCCGGGAAGACCGUGACUAGACACAUCAACGACGGCUGGUCACUUUUUCGAUCGAUCGCAAUAAUUUUGCGACUUCGUCAGCCGUUUGACGACAUUUACAUCAUAAUUUCUUGUCUUUCACCUCGAGAUAUGUCAUAUUACGGUCAAGGACGCUGCCGCUUCUGCUGCAAAAGGCACAACUUGCCGAUCUUCGGCCACGACGAGGCGGCACACGCGCGCUUGCGAGAUUUGAAUCUCAAAUUUGUGGUAUGUAUCAUGCGUACGCGCAAUUUUGCAUUCAUCAUUGGUCCAGCGAAGUGUCCGUGCCGUCAAUUAGCCGGUCGAUUUUGUGCGAUUUAUUUCCCGAACAAAGCAAUUUUUAUUCUGAACACAGUUUGUGCUGCUUGUAUCAACAAGAUCGAGGAUCAUUUCGAGAAGACCGACUUGCGUUUGUCCAUCGAAGGGAUAAUCGCGAGAAGAGUUCGCGACGCUGAGGGUCCGAGCCGAAGGAUGGGAACAAUCGACCGAGGUGUUUCAAGUGGCGAUCCGGCGGUUGUCCAGGAGAAGACGCAUGUCUACGACGAUUCUCGGACACGGGAUCAAGUCGACGUUGACUCGACGACAAUCGGCGACGCGUUAACAGCGAGACAUCAACCUGAAGAAACGUCCAGCGUGGUGCUCCAGCGCGAGGCUGAAGCAAACGAACAGGAUCGAGACGCCGGCUACGACGGAGUGAAGAGACGACGGCAACGACGCCGUUUGAUGUGCGAGUUCUGCCGAAAAGAGUUCCAUCACACGGGCGACCUCAACAAGCACCGGCGAACGCACACCGGCGAACAGCCGUACACGUGCGACGAGUGUCCGCAGAGGUUUUCGUACGCGUCAAAUCUCACGCGACACCGACGAGUGCACUCCGGUGAGAGACCGUUCUCGUGUCGCAUCUGCGGACGCAGCUUCGCGCGCAAGGACAAGUUCUCGGCGCACCUGACGACCGAGCGCUGCGUCGUGCGGCUUUAA